CGCUCUCUUACAUUCACACUUGGUUAUAAAAAGGGUAAACACAUAGCCUAGUGAUGGCCAGUAAAUCCUGGCUGACUCACCCAGCGACACUGAUGCUGCUCUUUAUGUCCUGGAGGGAGAGCAUGCAUUGCACUGGACUUACAGUGGAUCCUCCUGAGGACCUUGUGAUAUUAGACCCUGGUCAUCUUGGAUACCUUGAGAUUACAUGGAGCCCCCCUGCCAGCUUGAUUAAUAUGACAGAGUGCCCAAUACUGUAUCAGCUGGAGUACUUCAACACAUACAGGGACAGUUGGACUGCUAUCAGGUCAAACAGGAAGACAUACAGUGCCCAGUUUGAUCUGAUGAAAGAUGUUAGAGUGAGAGUGUACACCUUGCUGAGUGGACCCUGCACCAACGGCACAAUGCUUAAGAGCACAAGCUACGCUGAACUGGUCCAAAAACCUCCCGGCACAGGUGUUGAGUGUACCGCGGUUGAGGAUUUUGUCUGUGUGUACCAUAACAUGAAGUAUGUGGAGUGCAAUUGGGGAAGAAACCCAAAGAUGCCGGCCAACUUACAGCAAAAUCUAUAUUUCUGGCACAAGAAGCUAGAACAGGCAGAGGAAUGCCCAAAAUACCUGAUUUUGAACGGCGCCAGGAGUGGCUGCAACUUCACAGAGAACUCUCUCCCUAAGUUCACUGAUAUCAACUUCUGUGUUAAUGCCUCCUCCCCUGAAGGGCCCCUGAAACCAAUAUUCAUCUCCCUGCAAAUCCAAAACCACGUAAAGCCUGACGCCGCAGAGAAGCUGCAUCUGCAAACAGGUCCAGACGCGCAGCUGGAACUGCACUGGGAAGGCCCUGUUGGCAUUCUUUCUGGACAGUGCCUAGAAUGGGAGGUGGAGCACAGUCAAGAGGGACCUGAUGGGAAAAUUUCUUCGCAGCAGAUUUCAGCCAAACAGAUGAGCCUCACUCUGCCCUCCAUCCGUGACAAUGAGAGAAGCUGCGUCAGGGUGCGGUCAAGAUUGAAUAAGUACUGUGCAGAUAAGAGCUUUUGGAGUGAAUGGAGUCGUCCGACCUGCCUGCCAGAAACAAAAGAAGUGGCACUGAAAUCAGAAUGGGACACGGUGCCUGUCUAUGUAUAUAUCGCUGUCGCCAUCAUCGCCAUUCUGGUGCUUUCCCUGUGUGCGGGGACAGUGCUCAAAGUGAAGAGAUCAAGACAACUGAAGAAGCCGGACUCACUCACCACAUUGUUUGCCAGAAAUUGAGUACUUACAUUUGCGGAGGCCUAAAAAGGCCAGAAAGUCUGCACCUUUAUCGCUCUCCAACAGCACCUCUGUCAGAUUUUUAAAAUUGUAGCAUUCCACCUGCCUAAUUUUUCAGGGUUUCUGUUUGAAAAUCACACAAUCACCUUAGAUUGUAACCACUGCUAACACAUUGCUUGUGACAUGACAUAUUACGCUUAUGGCUACAGAGGGUUGUUUACCAACAGGGUAACAUUUACAAACAGUAUUAUACUGCAGUAAGCCAACAUGUUGCAUUGCACUUGCUUUUUUUGAUUUACAUUGUUAUGCAAAUGAUUGAGUGUCCUGUUAACUGAAAAGGUUUUGGCGUAAAGUAUUACCCUUAAUAAUGGUUUUAUGGUCGGUUGUAUACUUUUGCUACAAUUCUUGCCAGCUUAUUGGACUUUGUUUUGUUUUGUGAAAUUGUUUACUCUUUGCCACAACUCUUGCCAAUUAUUUAACAAACAACAAAUAUUGUUAUUGUUGUCUAAAUCCAGUACACAAGGAUAAUACCUGUGAAAUGGUUUUGUGUUAUGUCUUUAUUACACACUUCCAGCCAAUGAAGUUUUUCAUCACCUACAGAAUUUAUGAUGCAACUGAGUGUUAAUAUAAAAAGGUCAAUAGAAAAAUAAAUGAGUUAAAUCAAAUAAAUUAUAAUUCAACAUGACUGCAUAAUGCCUUAACUACACCAGAUAUUACCAAAUUUACCAAUUUUUCAGAUGUUGUCAUUCAUUUUUUAUCUGUAAUGUUAAGACAGACAGAUACCUGACCCGACAUUUCUGUUCCUAAUAACUAAGAAAUACCAGUAAUGAAGAUUUUAUAAACAACAGGUGCUGAAAUGCAGAAAAUGAAUGCAUCACAUGCAACUUCCGUGUUCUCAUAUCCAUUGGGACUGUAUCAAGCUCUUACUAUAGUUCAUUUGUUUAUGGGGUCAAUAAUUUCAGCUAUGGUAUUUCUCAGUGAGAGUUUGAACCUCCACCUCCUUUAAUACUGUAACUGUUAUGCUGCCUUUUAUAGAAAGAUAAUGCAAGAUUGUAUUUCACAGAGUAUAAUGUUUAAUCAGAUUUUUUGAUGUAUUGUGAACUACGUCACCUCAGACUGUUACAAGUGAUAUUUGACAUGUGUUCAUGGGUUGUAGAAAUAAAUAACUAUCCA